AUGGCCUACGAGCCUGAUAUUCCGGGCUCAGUAUUUUCAAAGCUCACCGGGCAGCAAGCGGGCGAGGUCCGGCGCAUAGGCGAUCAUCUUCUUCUGCGCAACCUCGCUUGCUUUUUGGGGACCUAUUCUAGAGCUUGGAAGGCCGUUGGUUUCUGGAGCGCCUCCUCCUGGACUACUACGCAACCCUCAAGUAUUGCCUCACGACCAAAUCGUGCCGGCCUCAUGACCUAUCUGGUGGGUUUACACAACGAUAAUGCCAUACCUGAUGUGAAGGUGCGAAUCGCAAGGGUUUCUCUGUUCCUAUUCUUCGAAAGAGAAAUUGGAUGUGAGCGCAGACGUGGUACUGAGGAAAGUGCUUUGAAACGCAACGCCGUCAGCAACCUGUGCAACUCGAGCGGCCUAGGGCCAGUGGAGAAAAGAAAGCUUCAUAAGUCAUUCUAUAAUGAAAGGAAGAUUGGUGAGUAUUGGUGGUGGUGCGUCCAUUUCUUCGGCCCCAGCUUCCUUGUGCGCCGCAGCAAGGAAGCAGGCAAAAAGAUGUCAGGAUCACUCUCAUCUCCGGCUUGGCGACCUUUCAGUGCUGAAGCUGUCACCAGGGAAGCUCUGGCCAACCUGGAGAAAUGGGCGACAAACCCCGACAAUCGUUUGCUAACUUUUUGA